AUGAAUAAAUUAAAUUUAUUUUUUUUUCAUAUAAUAUUUUCUAUAUAUAAAUGUAUUUUAUCAAAUUAUAAAAGUAAUGAAUUCCCAAAUUGGAAUGUUAGUCAUUAUAGAACUUGUUAUUUUUGUACCAAUUACAAAUCUAUUGAUGGAUUAACAUUUCAUUCAUGUUAUAACAAAGCUUCAUUUUGUAAAGGUAACAUUUGUUACAUGAGAAAACAUACAACAAGGACACAUAAUCUUUUUUCGGCUGGUUGUCUUAAUGCAACAAAUGAGGAGAUGGAACGUGUUGGAAAUAGAAAAAAUACAAUGGCACAAGCUGAAGAUUCAGUUGAAUUAUUUAGUGAACAUACAUUUCUUUGUCAAUUAAUUCAGGGCUUAAUUACAUGCCUAUGUGCUAAAGGAGAUAACUGUAAUGAUGGAAAAUUGAAUGCUUCUAAUCAUGUAAGAUUAGAUAAAGAAUUGUAUGCUCAUUUUGACUUUAAUGAGAAAGCUUACAUAAGAAAAUUAAUGUUAGAAAAGGUUUUACGUGAUGCUGAAGCUAGAAAUAAUACAUUAGAUAUAACAAGUGUCUCUGAAAUUACUAUGUUUACAGGAGAUCCUUUUGUUGGAAGACUAAUUGCAGAACCAUCAUGGUCUCAAGCAACUUUAUCAUCUUCUAGUUUUACUAUAAGAAGUUAUUCAACUACAAUGAUUGCCUGUAUUUUUUCAUUUAUUUUAUUAAAUAUAAAUUAG